CCUGCUGACCGCUAUCGCACCGUGCAACAAAUCUGAAACUACACUCCGUCGAACACCGAGGACCCCUUGUACUUGUUUUCAUUCAUGACGAUGAAGCGAGAACGAUCGCAGCGCGCCUCUGACGCACGCAGUAGUCGUGCACCCUGCGCACGCCUGCGUGCACCACCCCCACCCUCACAGCUCGCUGCUACACGUGCGCGCUCCCGCGAGCAAGCUGACCUGUUGGAAAUGUUGCGAGGAGCCUGCAAAAUCUGAGAGGUCCCCACAACGUCGCGCAGAAGAAAGUGGACUCAAAAGUCGUGCCGGGAUAUAAGGAAAACGGCAGAAGAGAGGGUUAAAUCAUUCUUACAUAACCGAUUCACUUCAUUGAAGCAAGAGAUUCCCUGGCGAGGGCAGGAGCUGCCAUGCCAUUUGGUUGUCUGACGCUCGGGGAGAAGAAGGAUUACAACAAUCCCGCUGAAGUCACCGACAAAUAUGACCUGGGACAAGUCGUUAAGUCAGAAGAGUUUUGCGAGAUAUUCCGGGCAAAGGACAGGAACACGCUGAAAAUGUACACCUGCAAAAAGUUCAACAAAAAAGACGGCAGGAACGUGAGGAAAGCGGCCAAGAAUGAAAUCAUGAUUCUAAAGAUGAUAAAACAUCAUAAUAUCCUCCAGCUGGUUGAUGCCUUUGAAACAAAGAAAGAGUACUUUAUCUUUCUGGAACUAGCAACAGGCAGGGAGGUGUUUGACUGGAUCUUAGAUCAGGGCUACUACUCGGAGAGGGACACCAGCAACGUGAUGAGGCAGGUGCUGGAGGCCGUGGCGUACCUGCACUCUCUGAAUAUCGUCCACAGAAAUCUAAAACUGGAGAACCUAGUGUACUUCAAUCGCUUGAAACACUCCAAAAUUGUAAUCAGUGACUUCCAGCUGGCAAAACUGGAAAACAGACUCAUUAAGGAUCCGUGCGGAACACCGGAGUACCUCGCUCCUGAGGUUGUUGGGAGGCAGAGAUAUGGAAGACCUGUGGAUUGCUGGGCAAUUGGGGUUAUCAUGUACAUACUUUUGUCCGGGAACCCUCCUUUUUACGACGACUCCGACGAAGAUGACCCUGACAGUCGGGACAAGAACCUCUUCCUCAAAAUUUUGGCAGCGGACUACGAAUUUGACUCCCCGUACUGGGAUGAUAUUUCAGAUUCCGCCAAAACCUUAGUGGCGUCUUUGAUGGAGGUGGACCAAGACCAGCGACUGACCACGCAGGAGGCUAUUGCCCAUGAAUGGAUUUCUGGGAAUGCUGCCUCAGAUAAGAACAUCAAAGAUGGAGUUUGUGCACAAAUAGAAAAGAACUUUGCAAAAGCCAAGUGGAAGAAAGCUGUCAGAGUCACCACCCUCAUGAAGAGGCUCCGGGCAUCCGAGCAGGGGGAUUCGGGAGCUUCCGGAUCCGACGCCGGAGCACCCGCCGGCACCGCUGUCGCUCCGGUGGUGGCUGGCGGUGGCCUUGGCCUAAAGGCAGCUCUUAGUGCAAACGCUCCCGACACACAGACUCCAGCCACCCCCGCCGACCCUCAGCCGAGUACAGCCAGAGCCGAGGAGAAGUCGGAUGAAAGGUGCAAUGGUGAUGUUCUCUAAAGAAAAAGAAAAAGAGCGGGAAUUAACAUAGACAAAGAAGAAGAUUCAUGAUGAAUAACAAGCACAUUAGCAGUACAGUCAAUACGGUUGACAUAACCAUGUGGUGUUUAUGUUGUCCGACUAUACUCUGAUGUAUCCUAUGUUAUGCAUUUCAUAAUUUUUGCCUUCUGUACUGAUUGUUCUGUAGAAUUCACCACUCUCCUGUUACUCUGUGUGCAGUUCCCUUUAAUUAAAAAAAAAAAAAAAAAAAUACAUGUAGUUGAAAGUAGCUCCACUUUUGUGUCCCUUUUCCCCUGUGACUAACUGUAGAAAGGCAAAGUGUAAUUUAGUGAAUUCAGUUACAUCAACUGACUGUAUGCACUGUACAUGUAAAUAGUGUGCAUUUGUUUCAAACCAAUGGCUUGUGGCAAGCUUCAGAUUUUAGUUCAUGCCGUAGAGGUUUCAUUUAAAAAAAAAAGAAAAAGACUUAUUUCCAAUGUGAAUAUUUGAAAUAAUACGUAAGAUAAUACGUAAUGCAAGCAAUCGUAAAAUCGUUAGAAUUUGUCAUACAUGUCUUAACCCUCCCGUUAUGUUGUGGUUCAAAUUGACCCAUUUAAAAACAAACAAACAAUCAAACAAGCAUGAUACGUAGUUUUUCUGUGUGAAAAUGCUGCUCAGCUAAGUGUAUAAUAUAUACAUAUAUAUAUAUAUAUAGAUAUAUAUAUAUCUAUAUAUAUAUAUUAUUAUUAUUAUUUAUUUUUAUUUUUUUUUCUUCUAACAUUUUUGGAUAAUUAAACAUGCCAUGGGUCAAAUUGACCCAGGUACAUUAUUUCAGUUCUUGCGCGGGGGUUAAAUUAUUAUGUGAAAUUGAUUAAGUUUAUGUGAGUCAGAACAAUCCUUCUUGCUAUGUGUUGGUAUAACAAAUCACUCACUCUUCCUGAGCAACAACAUAACGUGAUUGUUAUAAUAUCACGUCAGUCUGUUAUCUAUGUCAAUCAAAAUGAUGCUUCUAAAAAACUAUGUGUCCGAAUAACAAUCAGACACCCGUUUUUGUGGCCUUGUGAGUCUCGAGGCUGGAACGUGGGACAGUUACGUAUGUGUCUAUGUAACCUGGCGAACAGCCAGGUUGGAACAAUACUAAUAUUAAAACAUAAAAAGGAAAAUAAAUACAGAAAUAAUAAAUACAGUAAAUAAUACCAUUUCCAUUACAAUUAUGAACGUCAAAUUGGUAUGACUUAACUUGACAGUCAAAUGAGCGCAAGAAAGCUUUUUUCCCCUUUUUUUUAUUUAAAGUGCCUUAAUAUGUUUUGCAGUAAUGAAAUGUUUCAGAAGAAACAGCUCUAUUAAAAUGACCUAUUUAUUAUUUCUUUGAAAUGUUUUUCGCUGCUUCACUUGCUCUUGUUUUUUAGAGUCUUAGACGGCUUUAUCAAUAAAUAUUGUACUCCUCCAUUUUGCCAGUGUUAUUGGGGCCACCCUGAGAAGAAAAGAGAAAUUACACUACGAGAUUAACAUUGUAAUGUUACAAAAACAAUUGCAUAUUUUCGAGAAAAAGGCUUGUAUAGUUUUGAGAUGAAAAGUCAUAGUUUCUAGAAAGUAGUAUUUUUCUUAGAUUAAAGUUCUAAUUUUACAUGAAGUCGUACAUCUCUCAGAAAAAAAGUGGUAUAUUUUUGAGACAAAAAGUUGGAUAUUUUUUAAACUAGUUGUAAUUUUACAAGAAUAGUCAAAUUUACGCCUAAAAUGUCAUGUAUUUUUUUUGUAGUUGUUUAUUUUUUAAGACAAACAGUCGUAAAUUUUUUGAUUCAAAUCGUGAUUAAAGUUGAAUAUUUUUGUUAUUUUUUUUUUUUACAAUUAAGUAAUAUUACGAUAAUGAAACAAAAUACUUUGUAUUUUGGUACUUCAGCAUCAGAUUGAAGUGUUAAUUAAAGGAGCAUUAGGUUCACUGUAUCCUUCGUUCACUGAAAGUAUAACAACUCUUAGAAUAUUCCGACUUUAAUCAGACUCAAAAAUAUAUGAAUUUAUCCCUGUAUUGUUACAACCAAAUAUCGAAAAUAUACAACUUUACUCUUGUAAUAUUACAAAACACAAUUUUUCUCAACAUUCAAAAUAAUUCUCCCCAAUAUUAAUCUCGUAUUUUAAUUUGUUUGUCUUCUUUUCAGUGUGCUCCUAAUACUUUUUUGUACCAAUGCAGUUUAAGAUUAAGAACAUUUUAUGUGGAGUAUUGUUUUAGCCGAUUUGCUGAUGUUGUGCUGUCGAUCGUGGUUAAGUGCUGCUCAUUCAUUACUGAGUGCUGUAUCUCUGUAUUAUGUGCAUUAUGUUGAUGUUUAUUUGUGUGCACUUAGCGGCAUUCAGUAUUUAUCCGAGUUAGCAAGUUGCUACAAUGCUUAUGAAAGAAUAAAAUUAACAAUAUUUA